ACGGAGCGACAGAUACAGAUUUCAGAUUUGUUCUUUCUUCUUUUCGGUUUGUUUGUGCUUCCGUAGGAUGUGUCGCGUGCGUUGAGUGUUUUGUUUUAGAUGCAGUUCAGCAUUAGAAGUGAAACGGUCAGUGAAAAUAUUCGUGUGCAUAGCCAAAUUUUAGAUGAAAUAGUGCCGGAGCGCUAGGAAAUGUGAAGAGUGUGCAACAACUUUAUAUUGUUCAGUGAAUUCUUAAUUAUUUGUGUGCCAAAGAAAUUGGAGUUUUGCACAAGUGCUAUCGGUUGCAAACAAUGGACUCUCCGUUCUGAAUGUCCCGUGUGUGAUGUGUGAAAGGAAGUAGUUGAGAUACAAAACCGCGCGCCUUAUCAGACUUUGGAUUUACAACGCUCUGUCCCGAAGUACUUAUCAGAUCCCCCGAAAAGCUUCUCAGGCAUUCAACAAAAUGAGUAUGUCGUCCGGUCGUGACUCAAAUGAAAGAUUUCGACGCACCGAGAGCGUAGAGACUGAACAUAACAAAUUACUGCGAGAUAUUCUAGAAAUGCAUUUAGAUGAUUUUUUACAGGACUUCGCUUUUGCAGAUAUACAAAUUUAUGUUAAUAGUCAAGGAAUCAUAUUUACCGAAGAAGACUUACAAAAAAUUUUAUCAUUGAAAAAUGAAAAACUCGCGAUUAUUUUAAUGUUUCAAAUCCUAGGAAGCAAAAAUAAAAACUUACUUGCAUUCAUAGAUAUUCUAGGCCGCGACUAUGGCUGGUUACGCGAAAAAUUGAAUAGUAGCUUGCAAACGUACAAUGAAAAUAAAGAUUUCAACAAAUAUUUAAAUGUGCGUCACGAACUGAAAAGUCGGAUUCCGAAACAUGUGGACAACAAUGUUCGGCGAAUUGAUUUGUACGCUAAAACUAGAGACUUCCUGAAAGAGUUGCGUCCAUGGCAUUACUUAGUCAUCUACGGUGAGCUGGGUUAUGGCAAAAAAUGGCUUGCGCUGGACGCAUGUUGUGAUUAUAGUGUCAUUAAAGCUAUGGAUUAUAAAAUUUUUUGGUUAGAUGUUCAUAAUUGUAAUAGUCAAGAAAAAGACUUGGAGAAAUUGCAAAGACUAAAAAUUAUGUUGGGCGAAACAAGUUCAACUACCAAAAUUGGAGACUAUGAAGGAAUUAGCAAUAAAAUUUUAGAAUUACAACAAGAUUUAAAAACUAUUCUAAAACAAGAUCACUUUAAAGACUGUUUAUUGGUGCUAGCCGAUGUGCAAAAUACCAAAACUUUAGAAACCUUCUCUCUACCUUGUAAAAUUUUGAUAACAACACGUAACAAGAAGGUGAUGGAGUACUUGCCGAAGACUAAUAUGGAGGUUGUGAAUAUUGAACGAGGCCUACUACGUAACGAAAGUGUGGAAUUAUUCGAACGCAUUAUGGAGAAGGAAGCAAAAUUCUUUCCGCCCUCUUUCUAUGAAAUCAUUGAAAAUAGCAAAAGCCAUCCGUUUCUUUUGAAUAUCAUUGCCCAAGGGCUCAAAGGCCAUGUUGCCAAAGAGUGGGACAUGUGGACAUCAAACUUGCAGCAUUUUAGGAUACAAAAUGAUAAAAUUAAUGCCGUCAUCAAAUUAUCACUGAACGUCCUCAAACCUGACGAACUGGAAUUGUUUCAUACCCUCUCUAUUUUCUAUCAUUCGGUGAAGAUUCCUGUUUCGGUGCUGGCGAACUAUUGGGACAAAACUGAACACGAGACUGAUCUACUUAUAAAGAAAUUCGAUCGAUAUUCAUUGGUCACAAAGGUGCAUAUAAGUGACACCAGCACUACAGCGAUUGUCAUUCACAUUUUAUACUAUAAUUACCUUCAAAAUUGCGUGAAAAAUGACCGAGUCCUACUUAACCAGACACUAGUGGACAGCUAUCAAAUUGAAUUCGCUCUGAACAAUCGCACCGACAUUAAUUUAUCAAUAGCCGACGAUCACUAUUUCUACUAUUACAUUGGCUAUCACCUAAAAGAGGCGGAGAUGCUCCAUUUGUUCCCAAAGUUGUAUUUGGACUUGGGUUUCUUGGGGCAGAAAUUGCGUUACACGGGACUGCCGAAUACAAUUGGUGAUUUGAAAUAUUUCCGGGACGAAAUAACACGUCGUAUUCCUGGCAAAGAGGAUUUCAUAGACGAGCUACACGAAUUUUUGCCAAAUAUCGAGGAGAUGCUUUUCAAAUCAGAAGAUACUUAUUUGUUACAGUACACGCUGAUGACGCAUGGGAUACUUCAUGAAGAGGCUAUGCGGCAGGCUUGUGCCUUUCCACAUCACGCCUGGUUCUCAGAUAGCGACCAUUUCCAUCGACGGCGUCAAAUUGUUCCGCUUCGGGACAAUCCUAAACUCGUGAAACUCGUCGAGCCCAACACAUGUUUAGUUGCGUUGGAAAAUCAUGCCAUACUCGUUGCGGAUCUUUCACUGAACUAUAGCCAUAAACCGACUUAUUUCACUGACCAUCAAAGUGCCAUCCAACAAAUUGUUAUAUUCACUGAAAAUUAUUUUCUAUCAUUUGACGCAGACCGGAAUAUCCGUGUAUGGUGCAUACAAAAGGAGCGUCAUGAAAGCAUUUCCCGACGCGAGAGUUUGAGAUUCGUUGUCAAUCAAAUUGACUAUUCGACGUGCAUGAAAGUUCGACCAAAGAACAGCGUGCAAUUGAUAAAUGGGUUCAUUCAAGCGUUCUACAUUGAAAAGGACAUUGAGGGUAAUAUCCUUUUGCAUACAGCUUUGUCGGAUGGUGCAGUGCGUAUUCAGAAGUGGAAUAGUAACAGGCAAAGAUUUGAGGCGGAAAUGUAUCCUCCGUUGAGCACGAAUAUUAAGAACAUCAAGUUUCUGGUGCUCCUCCAUCAUCUCUACGUGAUAUUGACUAAAGAUGGGAGACUAAGAAUCUUCAAUAGCCGUGAUGGGUCUCAAUGCAGAUAUAAUUUCGAGUUUCCGGAUAAUUUGCGGAACCCGAUCGGCCUACAUCACUACUACAUCCAUCCCUCUGUGGUUGUUUUGGUGUUUGUUUUUGCUUCGAGGAGCUUCCAAAUACGUUUUCCCAUAGAUGUAGACGGAAAUGUCUUAGAAGGUGCCAUGGAGAGGGUGUACGAGAUCAAUGACGAUGAACGGAUUACAUGCAGUGCAAUGUCUGAUGACGACAAUUAUCUGAUCCUCGGUACAAAGCAGGGGAUUUUAGUGAUCGAUUUGAGAGAUCGAUCGGAAGUAUUACGAAAUAGUAUUAGCGAUCAUAUCACUUGCGUUGAUAUCUUUUCAUUGGAUGACGAUAUUUACAAGUACAUCAUCAUUUCGGGAUCGAAGGGUGAAAGAUUGUUGAAUAUCUUCGGAUUGAAAUUAAAUGGAAAUGACACACUUACCUGGGCCAAUAGCAUUGGAACAUUCCUGAAUGAAUGUAAGCUAAAUUUGCGUUUUGAGCCAACUGCGUGGCUUAUUGGAAAACAACUUUUUGAUGUGGCCCUUGGUGAGAAACGUGCUGUAGUUGCCGUCGAUUCAAAGAACAGGAUCCAUCAUUUGCUCGAUGAAAAAUGGUCUAUGAUGUUGCCCGCUGAUCAGAAAAAUAAAAUCACUGCCGUGAAAGCAUUUGGAGUUGACUUCUAUUUCGGGUGUCAAAAUGGUGUAGUUUGCGAUUCACAUGAAAAUGACUUUGAUACAGAGCUAGAAGAGCCCAUUAGGUUCUUAGAAGUAUUUGGAUCGGAUUUCUGGAUUGUAUCGACUGAAAAUGAAUCGCUAAUUAAACGUGGGGAUAAAAUCCGUAGAUUUAGGUUUCCUGUUCAUAAGUGCUAUUUGCUGGAUGAUAAGUAUUUACUUAUGGUAGAGAAACACAGUUCUGUACGGCUCUGUAACGCCUUCGGAGAAUUUGAAGCUCGUGAAUGCUCUCUAAAUAGCGAUGAGUUUGCAGCGGCGGAUUUCAAAGAGAAUAUCCUGGUAAUAGCAGGUCAGCCUUACAAUAUUUACAAAUACGAUAUCUACAUAGAUAGUAACGGGAACCCGAAUUACAAAGAACAACAAUGUAGCUGUCGCGCCGAUGGAAGAGAGGAAGUUGAAGGAAGAAUCACUGCCAUAGAAAUUUCUUCAGAUGCUGACCUUUGCGCUGUGGGUUUUAACACUGGAAUGAUAGAGAUCAGAAAACUUAGAACAUGGCAACUAAUUCAGCAGCUGGAGUCCCACCGCUCAAGCAUUUACGACCUGAAAUUCUCUCCUUGGUCAUCAGACUCUUUGCCGAUUGUUUUAGCCAGUACUUCUGAACAAAUUUGCUUCUGGAAUAUUACACAUGUUGUCAACAAUCCACUUGAAAUUUUGAACAACAGUGGGCGGCACAGUUCGCGUUUCACUUCGCGAAAGGACAAGCGUCGAUCUGUGGAGUCUGGGACAAAUUCUAAUCGGAACAGUGUCGGCUAUGAUGUAACAGACAUGCCAAUUAUGAACUUGAAUUUCUGGGCAAAUAAACGAGGCUGUAAAGAUAAGCAGGAGUUGCUUGCCUGUAUUAAGUUUGCCGGGAAUAAAGCCGAGAAAGUAUAUCCCAAUAAGGACUUCACUGAGUUUGUGACUAUUGACGAUGAAGGGGAGAUCUACUUCCUGAAAGCGAAGGAACUGAUUGAUACUAAUGGUUGUGAGACUGAUGCAUUUAACGAUUUCAAUGGCAACGUGCAAAUCUGACAACGAAUCCGUGUCUUGUUUUUGUUUUUUUAUUACAUGAUUGUAUAUAGUUUUUAUAGAACAUUGAUUUAUACUUAAGAUAGAGAAAGUAUCAAAAAUAUUAGGCUUAGAAUUGUUCAUUUGUAUCCCGUAUUAGGCGCUUGGAUACUGUCUGUGAUUUCGCCUACAAUAAAUGGCUAAUCAGUAGUGUUGCGCUCACAUGCUAUGCUGUGAAAUGAAUAGUUUUUUUUUUUUAGAUAUUUCAGGAAAUUUUCCUUAGACACCAUUGCGGGUCUGCCAUUCCCUUGAGAGGCAGAAAGAAAAAGUCUAGCGCCUAAUAUUUCGUUUUCUACUUCUUUUGAAACCUUUUCAACGUGUUCAUGUUGUAAUUUUCAUUUCCUAAUUGUAAGUAAUCAAUAGUUUCAUAUUGAAAACUAGGCUAAGUUAUGACAGACAAAGUUUAUAUAC